CAGGGAUCCCUCUGCUCUGGGCAGGCUUUGGUUUAUGCCAGGGUGACCCAGGAGUGUGACUGUGCUCUCAUUGCAGCCAAAGGUGCAAAGCCAGGGCAGUUGGGAACAAGCCCAUCCAGCUCCUCACCUUCCAUCUGCCACAGGGAAUCCUUUGCCUCUCUCAUCUCUCAGUGGCAAACUCUGAGUGCAGAAGGAAUGCUGGGGAUUUCUGACCUCAGAGAGCCAGCAAUGAAGUUCUAAAACAAUUCCAAAAAACAACUCCUGACAUUCUUUAGAAGUGUGAGUGCAGAUGGUACCAAUUCUUUCUCCAUUAAGUGAUUCCCCUGACAAAUCCUGAAUAUCCAGCCUUGUCCCUCUGCCCCAUUGCCACAAACCCAGGGCAGCAGGGCAGGGAUGGCUCCUCAAGAGCCCCCAUGCACAGGCCUGGCUGCUCCUGGCACACUCAGCCAGCAGAACUGGAGCUCAGGCAGGGACCUGGGUGAAGGUUUUCCCAGAGCAGGAACAAGGGUGAGCGAGUACCACUGGAACAGUCUGCAGGGAAUGGCCCAGGUUUGCCUCAAAGCAGCCUCUCCUGACUUGUCACUGUCCUUUCUCCAUGAACAGGUCCCCAUGUGCAGCCACAGCAAAUGUCCAACAGCAGCUCCAUCAGCCACUUCCUGCUGCUGGCACUGGCAGACACGCGGCAGCUGCAGCUCCUGCACUUCUGCCUCUUGCUGGGCAUCUCCCUGGCUGCCCUCCUGGGCAACGGCCUCAUCAUCAUCGCCGUAGCCUGCGGCCACCACCUGCACACGCCCAUGUUCUUCUUCCUGCUUAACCUGGCCCUCAGCGACCUGGGCUCCAUCUGCACCACUGUCCCCAAAGCCAUGCACAACUCCCUCUGGGACACCAGGAACAUCUCCUACACAGGAUGUGCUGCUCAGCUCUUUUUUUUGUAUUUCUUCCUGUCAGCAGAGUAUUUCCUCCUGACCAUCAUGUGCUACGACCGCUACGUGUCCAUCUGCAAACCCCUGCACUACGGGACCCUCCUGGGCAGCAGAGCUUGUGCCCACAUGGCAGCAGCUGCCUGGGCCAGUGCCUUUCUCUAUUCACUGCUGCACACGGCCAAUACAUUUUCCCUGCCCCUGUGCCAUGGCAAUGCUCUGGGCCAGUUCUUCUGUGAAAUCCCACAGAUCCUCAAGCUCUCCUGCACCAAAUCCUACCUCAGGGAACUUGGGCUCAUUGCAAUUAGUGCCUGUUUGGUAUUUGGCUGUUUUGUGUUCAUUGUUUUCUCCUAUGUGCAGAUCUUCAGGGCUGUGCUGAGGAUCCCCUCUGAGCAGGGACGGCACAAAGCCUUUUCCACCUGCCUCCCUCACCUGGCUGUGGUCUCUCUGUUUGUCAGCACUGUUAUCUUUGCUCACCUGAAAUCCUCCUCCAUUUCCGCCCCAUCCCUGGAUCUGUUGGUGUCAGUUCUGUACUCGGUGGUGCCUCCAGCCCUGAAUCCCCUCAUCUACAGCCUGAGGAACCAGGAGCUCAAGGCUGCAGUGUGGAGACUGAUGACUGGACAUCUUAGGAAGCAUUAAACUGAUUGCCUAUUUCUGCAAAUCACUUGUAACAAAAUUAAUUUUUGAUAGUUCUGUUGGUUUGAUU